CAAUAAAACCUGAUGAUGCUACAUCUAAAACUUCGAGAUUCUUAGCUGCGAUACAGAUUCCAUCACAACCAAAUCCUCCAAUUUCUUUUUCUUUUUUUUUUUUCUAAAAAAAGUAACACAUUUCAUCCUGUUCUUUAAUUUUACUUUUAUAAAUAAAAUUAUACUAUAUUUUCUACUUUAUCAAUUCAGUGAAAUCUCCUUGAGAAAACACUGCAAUUGCACGUCCUUUUUCAUAGUCCAAGUCUUUCCAAGUCUGUCUCAAAGACUAUAAAGAGACCCUUCUUCUCUCUCUAUUUAUCCAUUGUUAAAUAAUUAGUAUUCAAUACAAAUCAACCCUGUGAGUCUUUAAUUUUCUUUACUAUUGUUUAUUGGGUUCUUUUGUGUUUUUUGAUUUUGGUUAGCUAAUGCAAAUAAAUGUUAAUGGAGUUGCAAAGGGCUACCUAAUCCAAUACCCGUUAUCGUUUCUUUACCUUCUUUUCUAUAAAUAGUAAUUUGAUUCUAUCUCUCAGCUUCAAAACCCAAGUCGCUUUGGAGUGAUAAAAAUGUCAUCUUUAGAGGUAUCCCACUUCGAUUUGGAGCAGGGGAGUGAUAGUACAUGCUUCUCUGAUGCAGAAGAAGAUGGGUCCUGUUACUCUCAGUUCUAUUCAACUACAGGUGGCUCUUAUGAUGAAUAUAGUUUCGCUUGUGUAUCUGAUCCUGAGAUUAUAGACGAUGUCGCGUCUGAUUCCAGGAGAGUGUCCUCAGUGUCUGAUUGCUCUGUGGAGAUUGAAAGUGGGUUGCCUGAGAUAAAGGUGCAUUUGGAUAAGGUAGAAAGAAUUUGUAGGAUAUGCCAUUUGGAUUUGGAAACCAAUACCCAUGAAUCUGGGAUUCCUUUUCAAUUGGGUUGCUCUUGUAAGGAUGACUUGGGUGCUGCUCAUAAACAAUGUGCUGAGGCUUGGUUCAAGAUUAAAGGAAAUAAAUGACAAAUCGACCUUUAAUGCUAAGCAGAAGAUGACUAUGAGCAUAAUAAGAUGCUGAAAAUGGGUAGAUGUUUCCUGAGGUUGUUAUGAUUCUUAUAAGAUCUUGGCAACUGAAUGGUAAAAUCUUAGAUGAGAUGUUUCCUUCCACUGAACGUAAUUUAAACAACCUGGGCAAAGUGAUGUGGUGGGGCAAGGUUUUGUCUCAAAACUGAAUAAAGAUCUAAACUGUUUAUGUCAGGAAUCCAUUUUAGCUUUGAAGGGAAAGAAAAAAAAAUGUAUGCUAUUAGUAGUAGCGGCAAGGAACUUGCAUUUGAUCUUACUUCUCCUAACAUGGAAAUGUACUUUGAAGCUCCAUCAUGGAAUCUAUGUUAAUUAUUCUUAAAGUAGACAUUAAAGGCUAUUUCAACAGUAAAAUAUUAUGUGGUUAUGGUAUCAA